AUGACUGCAUUUCAAUGUUUAUUAUACCCCAAUAGAUUUUUAUUAUUUAUGAUAUCCUAUAACUUAAUAUUAAUGGACUAAAAGUUUUAAAACUGAAUAUUUUGUUACAGAUGAAGCUCUUGGACAUAACCAGACUGCUUGUAGCUGUGAUCAGUACGCUGUCUCCGGCCGGCUCUGGUGAGGUAGGAAAUGCUGAGUAUAAUUUAAAUGUGCAUCACAAGGAACUCUUUCCCCGGGAGCAGGGGAUGACGAGUGCGGUGGCCUUGGCUGGAGGUGUCUGUCCCACCAAUGUGUGCAAGAAUGGAGGCUCUUGUCAUAUGAUCAGAGGAAAACCUCAAUGUCUCUGUAAGCCGGGCUUCAUUGACUACAACUGCCAAGAUAUGAAACUGGACCUGAGCUGUGACCAUGAUGGCAUGACGCUGAAAGUCCUGAAGACUAUCCUUCAUGAGCUGAGUGUGAACACCUCCAUCCUACACACGUCCAACCCGAGGUGUAAAGUGCAGGACACGUCUAAGCUGCAUGUGUCGGUCACGCUGACACAUGAGAACCACACCCGCUGUGGCACCCAGGUCAAGGUGAACGGAACCCAUCUGAUCUACUCCAAUGAGCUGGCUAUGGGUGCCAUCUCAGAGCGGGCAGAGACCCCCGGAAACUCAAUAUCCAGAUCCACCGACCUGCAGAUCAAGUUCUUCUGCGUGUAUCGCUAUGACCGCAUCGUGUCACUGCCAUUCCCGCUGCUCACCAGCGCUUCGCUGGUGACCUUCUAUGUGAAUGAAGGGGCAAUCAAUGUUACAAUGACUCUCCACCCAACGGCAGAGUUCCUGGACCCUUAUGAGCAGCCACCAGUCAUCCCGCUGACACACCGGCUCUAUAUCCAGUUACAGAUCCACGGACAUGGUCCACAGGACUACUUCACCCUGAAGCUGGAACAGUGCUGGGCCACCCCAGGGCCUGAUCACAGCAGCAAGAUCCGACAUGUCCUCAUCUCCAAUGGGCAUCGUAACGACUCUACCGUGGACAUAAUCCCAUUGGAGAACCAGUCCCUGAGCCGCUUUUCUUUGCAGAUGUUCCACUUUGUGAAAUACCCAGAGUUCUACGUGCACUGCCAAAUCUGGCUGUGCCAACCCAACACUACCCAGUGCUGUGAGCAGCCUAGGCCCAGGAUUGAGCGACGCAGGAGAGACCUGACUGACCCAUACAGGAAGGUAGUGUCUUGUGGGCCCAUACGACUCCCCAGAAAUAUAGUGUCUAGCGUCAAAAACACAGAAUCCGGUCUCGGCCCACUUAUCCUCCCAGGAUCCUUUGCAGCCGGCGCAAUACUCCUUCUCCUCUGUUCUGUUGCUGUUGCAAAAGCGAUGAAGUCAACAAGCAGAAAACGCCCCCCUUGUGCUAUACUUUCCUCCCCCAGCCUAUAAAUAAAUGUGUCUGACUGUAA